UUUAAAUUGUAGUUCACAACGUCUAAAUGCUUUUCGCAAUGUGGGAAGAUUGAUGGGAAUAUGUCUUCAACAUAUGGAAAUUUUCCCUUUGCCUCUUUCUCGUUAUGUUCUUAAAUAUAUUUUGGGAUGUAAUAUUACUUGGUAUGAUUUGGCCUUUUUUGAUUCAUCUCUUUUGAUUCUUUACGUUCAAUUUACAAUGAGAAUGAUGAAAGUUACCAAUCUCAAGAAUUUUUCAAUCAACUUGAAAUGA